UUGCGUUGCGUCGCGCCCUCAUCGACAUGGGAUAGGUGGGUAGGUAGGUAGGGCAUCUGCCUAAUGGCAAUGACAAUUACAACGACAACGACGACAACAAUAAUGACGACGACGAUAGCCAACCACCCAAGCAGAAAACCACCCCACCACAGCAGCCACAACCCCAGCAACCGCACACCAUACCACUCCACUCCACACCACACCACAAAACGCAACCACAACAAAGACACAAGACACAAGCACAAGCCAGCCCACUCCAAUAGCACGCAGCAAUCUGACCUGAUCUGAUUUUUGCACCUGCACCUCCAUCCCAUCCCAACAACAACACCACCCAAAACCCUCUCAAAACCUCAAAACCUCAAACUUAAAAGCCGCAACAGUAACGGUAACGACAAACAAGCAGACAACCAAACAGCAGCAACAAAGACAAACCCCGCAGCCAUCAUAACCUCGUGACCUUCGUGAGCAAAGCAAAGCAAAGCAAAACAAAGCAGCCAAACAGCCAACAGCCAACCCCACAAGAGACAAAGCCGCGCCCUAACCUAACCCACCCCAACCCAAACAGCGUCACCGCGAGCCAGACACGUAGACGGCUAGCUAGGCAGGCAGGCAGGCAGACUCGUACCUACCUACCUACCUACCUACCUACCUACGCAAGAAAACGCGUCAAGGAUACGCCGAUACCGCCCCCCCCCCUCCCUCUCCCCC